GGUUCACAAUGACGACUCACCUCAAAACGCGGCUACCCAUCAUGAUCGCUCACCGCCUUAAGUUUAGGUGGCAUUUUGGGGGAGCUCCGCACCGACGAAUCUCCGAAACCAGUGUCUGUUUCAAUCAAGGGAAACUAUUUCGGCGGAAUUCAGAAAAAUAUAGUUUUCAGUGACGAGGUCCUGGUUUUCAACGUCUCGACAUGGUUCGAUCAACACAAAUUGCGAGGCUAGAUGGCCUCAUGCUCGCCGCCUCUGUGGACGAUGAUCAGGCGGAAAGCGAGUUAGCAGAGGUGAAGUCGCAGUCAAAAAUGAUAUUUCGACGCCUGAAUCGCAACGCUGCUCCAGAGGCUAGUAUUGAAUCUGGACAAUAUAACCUGCAUUACAUCAUCAAAGACGAUAUCUGCUUCCUAUGUAUAUGCGAUAGAUCCUACCCUCGAAAGCUUGCAUUCACCUAUCUGGAGGAUCUUUCCACGGAAUUCACAACCACAUACUCGGCGUCACAGUACCAUUCCCCUAAUCUGCGGCCAUAUGCUUUUGUUGAAUUCGACACGUUCAUCCAACGCACCAAAGGAACAUAUCAAAAUAGUCGGGCGGCGGCGAACUUGGACAAAUUGAAUGAUGAGCUGCGGGAUGUAACCAAAGUCAUGACCAAAAAUAUUGAAGACCUGCUUUAUCGAGGUGACAGUCUGGAACGAAUGGGUGAGAUGUCUGGACGCUUAAGGGAGGACAGUAAGAAGUACCGCAAGGCAGCCGUACGCAUCAAUUGGGAGUUAUUGAUAAAGCAGUAUGGGCCGUUCGCUGGGGUUGGAUUCAUUAUGCUCGUUUUGAUCUGGUGGCGUUUCUUCUAAUUUGAUAUCCCUAAUAAUCUCUUCAUAUGGACAUAGGAAACCGAACGAUAUGUAUGCAUAGCGAAUGUAAUGGGCUCACGGACGCUUUUUGCAAUG